CGUCCAGUUGCCCUCCUUCUGAGUCACACGCGACAUAUUGAGGUCAGACAGACAUUCGUGAACAUCUCGACCGAAGAAGACCCUCCUUAUAAGACACCACAAGAGAUUUUUGUUCGCUGUAACCUGAUUGUGGUUUAGAUUUUUUUUUUUCCUCGGUGGAAAGGUGGAGGUUGGAUUCAGACAGACACAAGAAUCAUCUCUUGGCGACUAGGCCUGCAGGUUCACCUCGGAAAACAGCCAGUGGGCCGCACCAAAAACUACCACAAGUCAAAGAAAUAACAAGAAGAGGAGAAGUUUGGGAGAGCUUAAGUAGUUUAGGUGUUUUUAUUUUAAUUUUAGCAGUCUGUGUAGGUGUUGAACCCCGAUGGAUUACAUGGACAGUGGACUGAGAUACACCCCAAAGUCGGACAAAGACUGGGACACCAAUGUCCAGUUCCUGCCAGCAUCGGAUAACAAAAAGCUUGAGAAGAAGAAGGGUCCAGGGAAAGUUGGGGCUGUGAUUGGUGUGGUCAUCUUCGCUCUUGUUGUUGCGCUUAUGACCGGACUGCUGGUCUGGCACUUCCACUUUCGUAAAGAUGUGCGGUACAAGAGGAUGUACAGUGGCUCCAUGCGAAUCACCAACCAGGUGUUCGAAGAGGCAUACGAGAACUCUAACAGCUCAGAGUUCAAGGCGCUGGCAAAGCAGGUGACAUCACAGCUUAAAGCCAUCUAUUCCAAAAGUCCACAGUUGGCCAAAUACUAUGUUGGUUCUACAGUUCAGGCUUUCAGUGAAGGCAGUGUUAUUGCCUACUACCUCUCUGAGUUCAAUGUUCCUGCGGGCCAAGAAGCAUCUGUCGACCAAGCCAUGUCUACGAUGGAGAAGCUGGUGGAAAAAGAGCAGCGUACCCUGUACAGACCUGGCAACUCACUCUCUUUACAAGAUGUGCGGUCCUCAGUGCUUGAUGAACGGCUGCUCUCAACAUCAUUCAGCAGUUAUUUCAGUUUUUCAGAACAUACAAGGACCAAUCACAUAGAGCAGAUCCAGUCCCCUGGCUUCCCAGACAAACCUUACCCCCCCAACACCUUCAUCCAGUGGCAGCUGAGAGCAGACCCCGGCUAUGUCAUCAAACUUGAAUUUGAUACAAUGAAUCUGGAAGAGGUAUGCAAGAAUGACUUUGUCAAAAUCUACGACUCCUUGGUGGCCAUUGAGACCCGCGUUAUGGAAGAGAUGUGUGGAUACUACUCACCUAGUGAGCCACUGACAUUUCUGUCAUCUGGCAAUGUCAUGCUGGUGAUGAUGGCCUCAAAUGACAAGAAGAACUACCCUGGUUUUAGAGCAACAGUCUCACAAGUCCGACGUGGAAGUAAAGGAACAACAUGUGGUGGCCAGUUGACAGGUGAAAAAGGCAGCUUCUCUUCUCCCAGCUUCCCAAAUUAUUAUCCUCCUCGAACUUCAUGCCAGUGGACAAUCCAGGUCCCUGAUGGUAAAGCGGUGAAGGUGACAUUCAGAAAGUUCCUCAUGACUGAGCACGGGCAGGAAAACAGUAAAGACUGUCGCAAAGACUACGUGGAGGUCAAUGGAAAGAAACUGUGUGGAGACAAGCCUGAUGGAACAGUGACAGAAACCAGCAGCACCAACAAAAUGAGUGUGGUGUUUUUCUCCGAUGACUCCUAUGUGGACCGAGGUUUUAAUGCAACAUAUGAGGCCAUUGACGUUAAAGACCCUUGUCCAAAGCAGUUCCAAUGCAAAAAUCAGCAGUGCAUUAACAAAGACCUCAGGUGUGAUGGCUGGAAUGACUGUGGAGACAUGAGUGAUGAAUUAAACUGCAAGUGCAAUUCAAAGGACAUCACCUGUAAAAAUGGGUUGUGUAAGCCCAUGUUCUGGAAAUGUGAUGGUGUAGAUGACUGUGGAGACCGCACAGAUGAGUUGAACUGUGGUGGAUGCAAAUCUGGACAAAUAACGUGUAAGAAUAAUAAAUGUGUUUCCGAAAAAAAUCGCUGUGACGGCACGGACGACUGUGGGGAUGGGUCAGAUGAGCUUGAAUGUGGGAGAAGCACUGAUGCAAGAUGCACUGAUCUUACAUAUAGAUGUAAAAACAAUAAAUGCAUCAGUAAAGUGAACCCAGAAUGUGACGGGACACAGGACUGUGAAGAUGGAUCUGAUGAGGAGAAUUGCGAUUGUGGGAGGAGUAUGUUCAAGACGUCACGUAUUGUGGGCGGUCAGGAUGCAGAAGCAGGGGAGUUUCCCUGGCAGGUCAGCCUCCAUGUGAAAGGUUUUGGCCAUGUGUGCGGAGCGUCCAUCAUCGGUCGACGCUGGCUGGUUACUGCUGCCCACUGCGUGCAAGAUGACGGCAGAACAAGAUUCUCCCAGCCCGGCACUUGGGAAGCUAACCUCGGCAUGCACAGCCAGCAGCAGACUGGAAAUCCCGUGGUGAAGAGGAACUUGAAGCAGAUCAUACCCCACCCUAACUACAAUGACUUCACCUUUGACAAUGACAUUGCCCUGAUGGAGCUGGACAGUCCUGUCACCUACUCUGAUUACAUCAAGCCAAUCUGCUUGCCGGCUCCCCAACACGAUUUUCCAAGUGGGAGCACUGUGUGGAUCACUGGAUGGGGUGCCACUCGAGAAGGAGGAUUUGCUGCAAAAGUGCUCCAAAAGGCCCAGGUCCGAAUCAUCAACCACACAGUGUGUAACGAUUUGAUGGGAGGGCAAAUCACAUCUCGGAUGAUGUGUGCUGGAGUGCUGAGCGGAGGAGUCGAUGCUUGUCAGGGUGACUCUGGCGGCCCUCUGUCCAGUCCAUCUACAAGUCGUAUGUUCCUGGCAGGAGUGGUCAGUUGGGGUGAUGGCUGUGCCCGCAGAAACAAACCUGGCAUCUACACAACAGUCACCAAAUACCGUGGCUGGAUCAAAGAGAAGACGGGAGUGUAGACGACUGCAGAAUAGUCGGACUCAGGCCUUAUUGACAUUAACACAGAUUGAUGACCAUUUUUUGCUUUGCCACUCUGACUUUUCAGCUGAAGUAGUGGCCUUGACUCCCAGUCGCAGCUGCAGUGGAAAAUGCACUGUUUGCUUGAAGAGCAAUUUCAACACAUUUUAUGUCUACUGUGAUUUUUAUGAGGGUGGGGUUGAUGAAAUGUUUUUAAAUGUAAAUAAAUGUUUUAUUUUUGUGUUUUUUUGCUGUUGUUUUAGUGUAUUUUGAUGGAGAACAAUGUUAUGUGCUGCACAUGAAAUAGAUUUUAGGUGUGAUUGUUACACAUGUACAUAAAUGGAAAUGUGCAUCCUUGUACUCUGUGUUGUCCUGUGUUUUAUCAGUAUAUGUAACAAUUUCCCACCAUGUUUUGUUGUUGUCUUUGUUCUAAAUUUUAUAAAUUUAAAACAAAAUGACAGUACGCUCAUUCCACCUUACCUCCUAUGGCUUGGUAUCUUACAAAUUAUAUCAUUUAUUUUUACUCCAGCAGAAAUCCCUGAGAAGUAAAUGAUAUGAAUGUUCACUAGCAUUAGCCUUGUUAUCAUGCACAGCAUUUCAUUUUAACAGCUGUGAACUGCUUUUCUAUCAGCAUAAAAAAACAGCAUAUUAUAGUAGGUUUUGUUUGAGUUCCAUCUCUCAUGUUUAAUACAAUGUUAUGACCUCUAUUUUAUUCAGCACAAAAUCAGUACUCAUGACAGUUCAGUCCAUCUCAAAUCUGUAAAUGUGUGUUUUAUAGCAGAUGUUUUUAAAUAAAAUAUGUCUAAUA